CCUGCAUGGAAGUUCGGGGGCUCCGUCCACUGGCUGCUGCGGCUGCUGAGCCUGCCUUGAGGAGGCCUGACAGCACUGUAGUUGUUAGCGGAAGCUUCCAACUUUAAUAUUUCAGAAGUCUUCCAGAAUAUUUCAUCAACACUGUAUGCUGUGCCAUGGUAAUUUCAAUGCCUUCUCAAUGGACAUGAACUCUACUGGAAUGCUUGGAUUCACAGCAACACCAUCACUAACUUGCUUUCGUCGGCCCUAUUGUGAGAAGAUGGCAAAAGCAAAUAUUAUUAGAGACCUCAUUAACAGGCAACUCAAGGAAAAGGGUGCCCUCAGUUUUGAGCGACACUAUCAUGUUACCGACCCAUUCAUUCAGCGUCUGGGCCUGGAGGCAGAGCUGCAGGGUCAUGCUGGGUGUGUCAACUGCCUUGAAUGGAAUGAAAAGGGAAACUUGCUGGCCUCUGGCUCCGAUGACCAGCACACCAUUGUGUGGGAUCCUCUGCACCAUAAGAAACUGCUUUCCAUGCACACGGGGCACACUGCAAACAUAUUCUCUGUCAAGUUCUUGCCACAUGCAGAAGACCGGAUACUUAUUACUGGGGCUGCUGAUUCCAAAGUGCACGUCCAUGACUUAACUGUCAAAGAAACGAUCCAUAUGUUUGGGGAUCACAAAAACAGAGUCAAGCGUAUUGCCACAGCUCCAAUGUGGCCCAACACCUUCUGGAGUGCAGCAGAGGAUGGGCUGGUUAGACAGUAUGACUUACGAGAGAACAGCAAACACUCAGAAGUUCUGAUAGACCUGACUGAAUACUGUGGGCAGCUUGUCGAGGCAAAGUGUCUCACAGUCAACCCCCAGGACAAUAACUAUCUUGCUGUGGGAGCCAGUGGGCCUUUUGUCCGGAUUUACGACAUACGCAUGAUCCACAACCACAGAAAAAGCAUGAAACAGAAUCCUGCUGCUGGUGUUCAUACGUUCUGUGAUCGGCAGAAACCCCUCCCAGAUGGCGCUGCUCAGUACUACGUAGCAGGGCAUCUUCCAGUGAAAUUACCCGACUACAAUAACCGGCUGAGGGUUCUGGUAGCUACCUAUGUCACUUUCAGUCCAGAUGGUACAGAGCUCUUGGUCAACAUGGGAGGAGAACAGGUUUACUUAUUUGACCUGACUUAUAAGCAGCGGCCAUACACUUUCCUCCUGCCAAAGAAAUGCCAUACUUCAGGGGAGGUGCAGAACGGGAAGACAUCAGCCAAUGGAGUGUCAAAUGGCAUCCAUCUCCACAGCAAUGGGUUUCGGCUGUCUGAGGGGAGAGCCCACAUCAGCCCGCAGGUAGAGCUACCUCCGUAUCUGGAGAAAAUUAAGCUGCAAGCCAAUGAGGCUUUUGCUUGCCAGCAGUGGACUCAAGCCAUCCAGCUCUACAGCAGAGCUGUCCAGAAAGCCCCCAACAAUGCCAUGCUCUAUGGAAACCGAGCAGCUGCUUACAUGAAGCGCAAGUGGGAUGGAGAUCACUAUGAUGCUCUCAGAGACUGCCUAAGGGCCAUCUCCCUGAAUCCUUGCCACUUGAAGGCUCACUUCCGCUUGGCCCGCUGUCUCUUUGAGCUGAAGUAUGUAGCAGAAGCUCUGGAGUGUCUGGACGAUUUCAAAGGAAAGUUCCCUGAGCAAGCCCACAGCAGCGCUUGUGAUGCCCUGGACCGGGACAUCAACGCCGCCCUCUUCUCCAAAAGUGACAAUGGGGAAGACAAGAAAGGGAGCGGCCCCAUCUGGCUGCGAGCAACUGGCCGCAAGGAUUCAAUAUCUGAGGAUGAAAUGGUGCUUAGGGAGCGCAGCUUCGACUACAAAUUCAGAUACUGCGGCCACUGCAACACCACCACAGACAUUAAAGAGGCGAACUUCUUUGGCAGCAAUGCGCAGUACAUCAUCAGUGGCUCCGACGAUGGUUCCUUCUUUAUCUGGGAGAAAGAAACAACCAACCUGGUGCGAGUGUUGCAGGGGGACGAAUCGAUUGUGAACUGCCUCCAGCCCCACCCGAGCUACUGCUUCCUGGCCACCAGUGGCAUCGAUCCCGUGGUGCGGCUUUGGAAUCCCAGGCCAGAAAGCGAAGCACUGAACGGGCGAGUGGUAGAAGAUAUGGAAGGCGCUUCCCAAGCCAACCAGAGGCGGAUGAAUGCUGAUCCUCUGGAGGUGAUGUUGAUGAACAUGGGCUACCGGAUCACAGGAAUGACUGGUGGUGGGUCUGGAGGCUCAGAUGAUGAAGACAGCUCUGAGAAUCAGGUCCACUGCCGGACCAGCUAAAGCUGAAUUGCCUCUCCUUCCCUAAUUUUUUUGUUUCAUUUGAAGGGAAAUCUAGUUUGCUCAGUUUGAACUCGGAACGACUGCACUGUUUCACACUAUGCACAGAAUAGGAUAUGCCAGCAAGGGCAGAAAUGACUUUGUUUGACUGCUGCUACCGUUUCUUCCCUAUCCCUGUUCUACUAUUAAGCAGCAUGGUAAUGUGGCCUGUUGAGUUUUGCCCUCCCAGCAAAAGCUGGGACUCCUUUUCCACAUUGUCUGUGAGCAGUGUACAACUGGUGACCUGUCCCUUCCUCCAGUAUGGCUGGAUGGUGGGAGGCAUUGCCUACGUGAGUGUGUUUUGCAGAGAGGUUGUUAAAAACUCAAUAAAAUGUAAACUAGGGCAGGGAUUAUGGAAUGAUGUUCAGUGCUGUGAUCUCUGUCUCUAAAACUUAGCUUGCCUGCCACGCUGCUAGUUUGUAAUUCAGCCCACACCACAACUGGUGAACAUUUACGACUUCCGCAUCAGAAACAUGACCCUGAGAAGGUCGCUAGAUACAUGGGCUCCCUCAGUUAACAUGAUUAGGGAAGUACAGAAAGCCUGGCAUCGGGCAGAGCGCUUCACUUUUGGUUGGCAUCUCGCACUUUCCAUCUGUCUGCACACAGAAGAAACAGAGAGAAGACUGUAACAAGGGGAAGCUACGGCAUGAAGCUUGGUGGCUUAUAUAAUGUGAGCAAGUAAAAUCUGAUGUGGCUGCUUUUGGAAAACUUUCUUUCCCUUUCCCCAAAAUAACUAAGUUCCCAUCUCUCUGGGGGUAAGGAGUGGGGUGUUUGCUGAAAAAUCUCAUUGCGGGUGGAGACCAAGUUUCAACAAAGCUAUACAGUACCAUGUGAUAAUGAACUGGUCAGAAAUUUGAGAUAAAGCUGCCUCUUCCCUUAUUGCUGCUGUGACCUCCACUGCACAGUUCUUUUUAUUUCUUUUCUUUGUCAUUAAAUCCUAAAGAGCCUAUAGGAAUUUCCUUUCUCAUCUGUUUACUAAUUCUUUUCAUGAUGUUGUAGCCUUGUUUCCUUGAGUGAAUGUGGAAGAGAAGUAUAACCAAGAUCUAUGUCCUAACUGAUCUUUUAGGAGGAAUUCUGGGUCAGGUGGAGAGUCUCAUCUUUAGGAAAGUCAGCCCUCAACACGGUUUAUGUCAUCAGAUCUUUUUUCUAGAACAGAGGAUGGCAUAAGUAUUGUGGUCAACACAAUUCAGGAUGUAGUGAGGAUGAUCAACUGGGGUUGUUCCUGCCUCCUGUGGCACAGUCCACUGGAACUUAAAGCAAACCAGGUUAGCCUGUGAUGGGGUUCACACUGCACUGAGCCAUAGUGGCUCAGUAAACCACAGUGGAUUUACUCACCAACUAGUGUAGUCAUAGUUAGCACGACGUGCGUGUCAGAAGUCUGAGCAUCACUGAAGUCACUGUCCCCACAGUAAUGUCCAUAACACACUAUGAGGCCAACAGGUGCCCCUUGUGCAAAGGAUGUGAUCAUGUGAUUGCAUCAGGAUAUCUCAUGCAAUUAUGUGAGUCAUCUGUACAAUGAUAUCAUGAUGGAUGUGUUAUUUGUGCCACCACCCCAUAACUGCCCAUAGCUCCCAUAAAACAUCUUUCCUUUGCCUCUGCCUGCCUGCUAAAGAAUGCCCUGCAGCACGCAUCUAGCGGUAGCCUUUCUGGCCCAGGCAAGCUACUGUAGACCAGUUCCUCCCCCCCACCCCAAAAAACUGGGCAACUUUAAGAUGCACGGAUUUCAAUUUCCAGAAUUCCCCAGCAAUUCUGAGAAUUGAAGUCUAUGUGCCUUACAGUUGCCAAGCUUGAAAAAUACUGCCGUAGACUGUCUCUUUCUCUUGCCACUAUAAUGUUUUCUGUGUCCUUUAAUUCCCCCUUGGUUACUCCAAAUUCUUCAUAAUUUGUCAGUCUAGAAGAGGAGGAAUCCAUUCACUCCUUUGGAAAUCCAAGGGCUUUUUCCUCUUUCCAAAUACCUCCAGUGCCAACCCCAGCCCAACUCCUUGUGCAUACUGGCUCUUUCAAUCACCUUUCACCUGUCCUUGCAUUGGCAAUGCACUUCCUUCAGUCUGUAAGAUGCAGGGGUGAGAAAGCUGUUGAUGUGCUGUAAUUCCCAGGAUUUCUCCAUACUGGCUGUGCUGGUUUAAUCUCUGCUUAGAAUGGGAAUUCAACAAUAAUUAGAGGGCCACAGGUUCCUCCUCCCCCCCCCCACCCCCUUGUAGGGAAUAAGAUAUUAGGUUGGGUUGAUCUUUUCUGACCUAGAAAAAUGCUGGAGGUGGGGAGUUGCAAAACCAACUGCUAUUGUGUUUGGAACAAACCGUUGUGCUACUUUCCUGUUCAGUGGUUUCAGAUGUAUGGCAUAUUCCAAGAAGUAAGGAGAACAAGAAGAAUGCAUUUUGCAAGUAGCUGGGUACUUCAUGACUAACUUAUUUUUCUAUAUUUUGAAGACAAGUGUUGUAAGGGGGUAGUAGCUGGGGUGCACAAGCCCCACGUACACCUGCCUUGCAUGGACAAGUCUUGAUAGCCUGAAACUCCUCUCUUUGUCAAAUUGGUUUCCUCUUGAUUUGGAUUACGGCCGCAUUAAGAAUUUGGAAACAUGCCAUAGCCACAUUCACAAAAUGGAUGCCACAAUAAAAGUGUCAGUUCACAGAAUGGCUACCAGGGCAAGCAUAGUCACAAACAGUUAAGGAGACUUUUAAAUAAAUAGGAGAGUGGCCUGUUGCAAAACACUAACUUCCACAUUCUGUUAAAAUAAAUGCCUUUGCCCCCAUUCCUCCCCCC